GCGCAUUGACAAGCCGCUCCAGAGCUUGGGGUCGCCCGCUAUUAAGAUCGAGUGGAGUGUACCUCCGUAGCACUUACGAGUGUGAUAUAGAUUCCUCCUUCUCCUUCGUCCUCUACAUCUUCAUCAUACACCUAUAGAUCAUUGCGGCCAUUACUACACAACAGCAUAGACACGAUGAACCGCGAUAGCAAUGACACCCAGAGUGUGAAGCUCUCCGGCGAAGAGAUCGCAAAGCACAACAGCCGGGAAUCUUGCUGGGUGAUAGUCCAUGGCAAGGCGUACGAUGUCACAGAGUUCCUACCCGAACAUCCCGGUGGCCCCAAGAUCAUUCUCAAGUAUGCCGGCAAGGACGCCACAGAAGAAUACGAGCCUAUUCACCCUCCAGAUACCCUCGACAAGUUCUUGGAUAAGAGCAAGCAUUUGGGAGAAGUGGACAUGUCAACAGUAGAGAAGGAGGAGAAGGAAGAUGACCCAGAAGAGAUUGAACGACAAGAACGGAUCAAGCACAUGCCCAUCUUGGAACAAUGCUACAACUUGAUGGACUUCGAAGCGGUGGCACGACGAGUCAUGAAGAAGACAGCAUGGGCAUACUACUCAAGUGGUGCCGAUGAUGAGAUUACUAUGCGAGAAAACCAUUCUGCCUUCCACAAGAUCUGGUUCCGUCCUCGCAUCCUCCAAAACGUCGAGUCCAUUGACCUCUCCACCACAAUGUUAGGCACGAAAGUCUCCAUCCCAUUCUACGUGACCGCCACUGCCCUUGGAAAGCUCGGAAACCCCGAAGGAGAAGUCGUAUUGACUCGCGGUGCACACAAGCACAAUGUGAUUCAGAUGAUUCCCACAUUGGCGUCUUGCAGUUUCGACGAAAUCGUUGAUGCGAAACGGGAUAACCAAGUCCAGUGGCUUCAACUCUACGUCAACAAAGAUCGAGAAAUCACCAAGAGAAUUAUCCAACAUGCUGAGAAAAGAGGAUGCAAAGGAUUGUUUAUCACAGUUGAUGCGCCACAAUUGGGUCGUCGAGAAAAGGAUAUGAGGAGUAAGUUUUCGGAUACGGGAUCCAAUGUGCAAGCCACGGGAGGCGACAAUGUGGAUCGAUCACAAGGUGCUGCCAGAGCAAUCUCAUCCUUCAUCGAUCCCAGUCUGUCUUGGGAAGAUAUCCCUUGGUUCUUAGAGGUGACGAAGAUGCCGAUCAUUUUGAAGGGUGUACAACGUGUGGAAGAUGUCAUCAGGGCGAUAUCCGUGGGUGUGCACGGUGUGGUACUCUCGAAUCAUGGAGGUCGACAACUGGAUUUUGCCAGGAGUGGCGUUGAGGUUCUUGCGGAGGUGAUGCCAGAGCUCCGACGACUGGGUCUGGAGAACAAGAUUGAAAUCUACAUUGAUGGUGGCAUUCGUCGCGCGACCGACAUUAUCAAGGCACUCUGUUUGGGAGCCAAGGGAGUCGGGAUCGGAAGACCUUUCCUCUUUGCCAUGAGUGCGUAUGGUCUGCCAGGUGUGGACCGGGCUAUGCAGCUACUGAAGGAUGAGAUGGAGAUGAACAUGCGGCUGAUUGGAGCUACGACUGUGGACGAAUUGACGCCCGACAUGAUUGAUACGAGAGGCUUGAGUAUGCAUACUGCGAGUGUUCCCGGCGAUACGCUCAGUUUGUCUGCAUACGAUCACUUGGUUGGACCGGUUUGGAAGAGCGGGGCGAAGUUGUAGAGCGGCGGAUAUAUGAGCUGCUCCACGAUCAUGCUCGGCAGUCUGUUUGGGAGGGAGACCGCAUUGUUAGAAGACGGCGGGUCGUGUCAUGUGGACGAGAACGCAUUGUAUCUGCUCAAAUCAGUAGUUUCCCUUGUAGAAGUAUUGGUAGCGACACGCUGCUGUGCAUGAGUUAUUGAUUGUGUCAAGACC